UUCUUUAGCAAUGCUACGUACAGAACUUUAAAACACAACUGUGUCCGGAACCGUUGGAUACACAUGCAUCGAACGGUUCUGGGAAGUAGUGUUUUGAAGUUGUAUUCCUAGACAUGUUGUUAUUUCUUUCUUUACUUCUCUCUACUUGGUUGACUGUGCUUUGGUAGCGAAAAAGCUGCAAGCUAUAUUGUGCUUCUUGCUCGUUGAAAUUUCUUACUAGUUUUUGUUCUUUUGGAAAUUUAGUCUGACACCCUUUGUGAAGUGACCAAAUGGUAUCUGACUUUGAUAUAAUUUGUUGUUUUUAAUAUAGAGAAGGGAUGGGAUUCGUUUGCUCGUGUUUAUUCUGGUUGUUCAGCUUCUACUUAUGACUUUUCUUUGGCUCCCGGAGUGCACAAAAUUGUGUAUCUUGCUGUCUUGUGGAUUAUAUAUCUCCUUUGCGGUUUUAGAAACUGAGAAUCCAUUCUGCAGUAGUGCGUAGUUAAUUGAUUUUUUAGGUUGUAGUCUGCUGCCAGAUUGUGGAAGCUAUCACAAUGUUUCGUCGGUGGACUAAUUCUCAUCGUGAGCAGGAAAAUGAUGAGUCGCAGCUGGAGUCUAAGGUCAAUGAGCUUAGGGCUGCUCUUGGACCACUGUCUGGACGAGACUUAAAGUAUUGCUCUGAUGCGUGUUUGAAAAGAUAUUUGGAGGCUAGGAGCUGGAACGUUGAUAAAUCAAAGAAAAUGCUGGAAGAGACACUGAAGUGGAGAUCAACAUAUAAGCCUGAUCAAAUUCGUUGGCAUGAAAUUUCAGUAGAAGGUGAGACAGGAAAAGUUUUCAGAGCAAAUUUUCACGACUGCUACGGUAGGACUGUUCUCAUACUGAAACCGGGAUUGCAGAAUACGACAGGGAUGGACAAUCAGAUCCGACAUUUGGUGUAUCUGAUGGAGAAUGCUAUUCUUAAUCUUCCGGAAGGUCAAGACCAGAUGGUGUGGUUGAUUGACUUCACUGGAUGGACUCUAAGCACCAGUGUGCCUAUCAAAUCUGCUCGAGAGAGUAUAAAUAUUCUGCAGAACCACUACCCUGAGAGGCUAGGCGCAUCAUUUCUCUACAAUCCUCCAAGAAUAUUUGAAGCAUUCUGGAAGAUAGUCAAAUAUUUCUUGGACCCCAAAACAUUCCAGAAGGUGAAAUUCGUAUAUCCGAUGAACAAAGAUAGUGUCGAGAUUAUGAGGUCCUAUUUCGAUGUGGAUAAUCUUCCGACUGAAUUUGGCGGAAAGGCGACACUAAAGUAUGAUCACGAGGAGUUCUCAAGGUUGAUGGUAGAAGAUGAUGAGAAAACUGCGACUUUUUGGGGUUUCAGUGACAAACACAAACAUGGUGUUGGUAAUGGCUAUGGUGGAGCAGAGGUGGUUCCGGAACCUGCAAGCCCUGGUACCGCCAGACAGCUAAACGGCCCUCCUCUAACGAGUUAAAAGAGCUCUUUUGUGAGACUCUACUACGUACUUCAAAACUAACAAGCAUCUAGUGUGGCUUAGUGCCUGCAUUUUGAUGCUUUUUCCCAGAGGCUUACUCAUAAUUAAGGGUACUACUUUUUCCCUGUUAUCCCUUCCAGUAAUACUACCUCCCACUACGAUAUUUUGUGGGUGGUAUAUGUAAUGUUUGGAUCUUGUGUUUCUCAAGGCCAAGGAAAGGGAAAUCAGAUUACAUAUUCGAAACGAAGUCGGUUGAGCUAAAUACUUGGUUGUUCAAGAUUGAUUUGUAAACUUAUGAACAUCGAAAAUGUAGUCGAGCUUAGUUUUAUCGUCA